AUGGCGGCUUACAGUCCGAUGGGCGCAUCGUCGCCGAGUGGCGACCGUCACCUUGAGUCGGAGAUGAUGCUAUUCGACUCGGAAGACGAGGGGGAAACACAGCCAACCGCAGACUCGAGUGGCGAAGACGCCGAUGCAGAGCAGACGAAAGGGCUGCUGUCUAAAGAGGCUUCUGGCACAGAUGAUGUUGUUCGGCCGAGGCGGUCCGGCCCAAGAGCAGGUUCUCGUCUUGCGCGGGUUUUGACGGCUCUUGUUAUCACCUUCAUGGUGAUCUUUGACCUGUCGCUCAUAUUCAAGCGUGAUCCAGUUACGAAAUCCGGUCCCGGUUUGUCAGAGUUUCUGGAGAUGCCCCUCCGGCGGCCAGAUCGAGACUAUGUGCUGGACGCAGAAUGGAAUUUCAAUGCAUCCCCGCAGGUGCGAGAGUACCACUGGACCAUUCUGGAGAAAGAAGGCAACCCGGAUGGAAUCUUCAAGCCUAUGAUGACCAUCAAUGGACAGUUUCCCGGCCCCUUGAUUGAAGUCAACGAGGGCGACACAAUCGUCGUCAACGUAGUCAAUCAGGCGAGCAAUGCUACCGCCAUCCACUGGCAUGGUAUCUUCCAGAACGGGACUGCAUGGAUGGAUGGUACAGCUGGCAUAACCCAGUGCCCGAUCGCACCUGGCCAAUCCUUCGAAUACGAGUUUACCGUGAAGGGCCAGUCUGGAACAUAUUUCUACCAUGGUCACCAAGGCGUACAGACCCUUGAUGGCCUCGUGGGCCCAUUGGUUAUUCAUGGUCGUGAUGAAAGAACAGCUCGACCGUUAUCAUACGUUUCAGAUCGCGUUGUGAUGCUUCAGGACUGGUACUAUGACUCUGCUGAGGGUCUCAUGGUCGAGGUCUUGUCUCCAGGCAACGAAGACUCACCCAUUCCGAACGCUGCUCUCAUUAAUGGUUUGAACCAAGCCGAAUGCAGUCUUCAUCCCGGCCGCCGCUGCGAUAUCGAGGGCACAUUCCUUCCCACAAUGAACCUGGCCCCCGGUGCUAGUCAUCGCCUGAGAUUCAUCAAUCUGGGUGGCUUUGCUUGGUUCCAGGUCUCAAUCGACGAGCAUCUGAGUAUUCCUGUCAUAGAAGUGGACGGCACUCCUGUUGAAGCGUCUCCCGAGUCCGACUUGAUACUCUCCCCUGGGCAGCGAUACAGCGCCAUCGUGACAACAGAUCAGACCGAACACGAAUCUUUCUGGCUUCGCGCGAGAAUGAUCAAAACCUGCUUCGCAGAGCCAAUCAUCCCCGAAAACGGGUCAGAUGAAGCAAGAGCCAUCAUCCGGUAUUCCGCAGAGCCACAAGCGCAAAACGUCACGGUGCCGCAAGCUCUGCCCACCACCAACAACACAAACACGGACUACCCCAUGGUUUGCAAGGAUAUGACAUCUCGGAAGCAGUACCACCCUUCUCCCCCGCUCCCAGCUCCCGAAGUCGCGGACCACUCCUGGUACCUGCGUGUAAACCUCGCCAUUGGCGACUGGCGCCUGCAGCGUGGCGUCAUGAACUCGUCGUCCUUCCGACCCAACCUGAAAGAGCCCACGCUGCACCGGCUCCUUGACGGGCUGGCGUCCUCGAAUGAGUCGUUCACCGCCGAGGGCGUCAACGCGGCGGCCUUCGAUGCGAAGGAGGAGCUGGUAGUUGCGCACCGUGGCGUCGAGACCGUCGACGUCAUCCUCCAGAACAUGGACGAGAACAGCCACCCGUUCCAUCUGCACGGCCAUCAGUUCUGGGUUCUGGGCGCCGGCCACGGAUACUUCCCUGGCUACGCGGCGCUCGGCCUGCAGCCGGAGGGGCGCGGCCUGUUAGACCCGGCCAACCGCACCGUGGUCGAGAACCCGGUCCGGCGCGACGUGGCAACGGCCGAGGGUUUCGGCUGGGUCCUGCUCCGGUUCGUCGCAGAUAACCCUGGGGUGUGGCUGUUCCACUGCCACAUGGUGUGGCAUUCCGAGGCGGGAAUGGCCAUGCAGUUCGUCUCAAGGUUGGACGACCUGCGGGCCUGGACGCUGCCGGAGGAGUCAAGGCGGUUGUGCCAGCCCCCCGAAGAAGAGUUGAGGCGAGGCGCCCCGCCGAAGGACGAGGUAUUCUUUGGAUUUCACGACGAUAGGUAG